AUGCACUCGCUCAGGACGUCGGCGGUCGCCGGGCCCAGGACUACCGCCCGGAAGGCCGCGCGCGCCACGGCGGUUCGUGCCGCGCCCCGUCCGGACCUGGCGAAGGCCACGUCGGUGGUGCGCUCCACCGCUGCCGCCCUGCUCGCCGCGGCGGUGCUGGCGCAGAGUGCCGCCGCGAACGUGCCGCCGCCGGGCCUCCCGGCGCCGAAGCUGCGCGCGCUGGAGGUCGGCACGAUCACGGACGAGGAGGAGAAGCGGGAGGAGGAGAUCGCUGAGAUGGAGGCCAAGCUCGAGGCGCUCCUGGACGCCCAGAUGCGCAAGGCUAAGGCGGAGAACUCGGCCCAGGUGCGAGCCGUGGAGAACACCGCCAACAAGCUCGAGGCCUCCAUCGAGGCCAAGCGCAUCGAGGAGGAGGCGGCGGCGAAGGCGGCGGCGAAGGAGGUCGACGCGAAGAAGCGCGCGGCGGAGGAGGCGCGUCUGGCCGCGGAGAAGAAGGCCCUGGACGAGGCGGAGCGCAAGCUGCAGGAGGCCAAGGCGGCGGAGGAGGCGCGGCUGGCGCGCGAGGAGGAGCUGGCCGAGGCGCGGACGGCCGCGAAGAAGCAGGAGCUGAAGAAGGCCGAGGAGGCCGCGAUCGCGGCGUCGCGCAAGGCUGAGGAGGAGGCCCUGAAGAAGGCCGAGGCGGCCAAGGCCGCGGAGGCCAAGAAGGCUGAGGAGGCCAAGAAGGCCGAGGAGGCCAAGAAGGCGGCGGAGGCGAAGAAGGCCGAGGAGGCGAAGAAGGCCGAGGAGGCCAAGAAGGCGGCGGAGGCGAAGAAGGCCGCGGAGGCGAAGAAGGCUGCGCCGGCCGAGGAGAAGGCGCCGGCGGCGGAGGCGAAGAAGUCGGCGGCGGAGGAGAGCAAGGAGCUUGAGGCGAAGCUCGACGCGUGGCUCUCGAAGUUCCAGUAG